AUGCAUUUCACUGACGACUUGAUUCUUGGUCUAGCCUUCCCGGGGGAUCGGGAAGCCACCAAUAUUUUCGAGCAAGCCGUAAGAGAGGGCAUCGUGGACGAGCCAAUCUUCACCGUCUACAUGAAGAAAUGCAAUGGCGAUUGCGAAGACGGAGGGCUAAUCACCUUCGGCGACCAUGACAAAAACCACUGCUGCAAUGUGAAAGUGUGGGCCAACAUUGUGCCGAAUCAAAUCCAUUGGAAGUUCAAAAUGGAUGGAGUUAGAAGCAAGGGUUUAUUUUGA